AUCUCCGCCUCUGAGAUGGUGAUGCGCGCCCGGGAGACCGUCUACCACUUGAACUGCUUCACCUGCUCAACGUGCGCCAAAAUGUUGACCACGGGCGACCACUUCGGCAUGAAGGACAAUGUGGUCUAUUGCCGACUGCAUUUCGAGGCGCUGCUUCAGGGCGAGUACCAGCUCCACUUCAGCCAUGGCGAGGGCGCCGCAGGCAAAGGCCCAUCUGCGACUCUCGGCCUGCCUUACUACAAUGGCGUGGGUACCGUGCAGAAGGGGCGGCCAAGGAAGAGGAAGAGCCCCGGGCCGGGUGCUGACUUGGCUGCCUACAACGCAGGUAAAGGGGGCGCAUUGAGCUGCAACGAGAAUGACGGGGACCCCCUGGAGCGAGACCAGCAGUACCCCAGCAACCAGAAAACCAAGCGCAUGAGGACGUCGUUCAAGCACCACCAAUUGCGGACAAUGAAGUCUUAUUUUGCUAUUAACCACAAUCCCGAUGCCAAGGACUUGAAACAGCUGGCUCAGAAAACAGGCUUGACGAAGAGGGUUCUGCAGGUCUGGUUCCAAAACGCACGUGCGAAAUUCCGGCGGAACCUCUUACGCCAAGAGAACACGGGGGUGGACAAGACGUCGGACUCAACCCUCCAAGCCGGCACGCCUUCGGGCCCCGCCUCCGAAAUCUCCAACACCUCCAUGAGCCCGUCUAGCACGCCUACCACUUUAACGGACUUGACAAACCCCAGUAUCCCAUCUGUCACUUCGGUCUUGACCUCAGAGGUCCACGAAUCUCGGAGCCCUUCACAGACGACGCUCACAAAUCUGUUCUGAUGACUCCCUUUCUCCCUUCCUCCCUUCCUUCCUUCCGUCCUUCUUCUUUUUUUCCUUUGAGAAAGAAAUUACGGUCCUCUUAGUCGAGUCCCAAGCACAUUUCUCCUAGAGACUUUGUCACAGUGGGGUUAGCCGCAGUGUAGGGCAGGGGUGACCG